CGUGUGUUUAUUGGAGCAACUGGUGUUUUGAAGGCUUAAUGCGCGUUUGCUCGACUUGAGACACGAGAAACAUCACGUCACUCAGUGCCUCGCGUGUUAUUUUCCUUGAUCGAAGAAACUUUGGGAAUAUCUAAAGUUCAGAGGAAGGUUGUGGUCAUUGCAGAGAUGUUUGACAUUUGAGAAGUGAGAACAGGUGGCAUGUUGGAUUUGAAUCUCUCUGCAUGCUGCCUGUGUGUAGUUGUGAAUUUACAUGCAUGCCCCUCAUCCAUCAUUUCCUAUCAGCCCUGACUUCACUUCUGUCUCCAUUCAUCCACUAACACUAUCAUGGGAAAAAACUCUAAUAACAAUAACACUAAUGUUAAUGUCUCCUCUAAGAGGGACCCCACCAGCCACAAACGCAUCUGCUGCGGGUCCAGACCCGGUUCGGGUCCCGAUCUGUUGCGGGAUGUGGAGCGUCUCCGCGCUGCCUUAAGCGUGGAGCGCAGUCGUAACCAGCAGACGCGCAGGCGCUUCUCUCUGGAGCUGCGCAGGCAACGUGAGGAGGCCCGGCAGGAGCGAGAGCGAGCGCUGAAGGAGCUGACGUACCGUCUCGAGCAGCAGAAAGCGCUGGAGCUGUUACGGCAACAAGAAAGGUUGGGCCGUGAGCGAGCCGGCGAGGUCAGACGUCUGUUGCGUUGGCGGGGUCAAGAGAAGCAGAAACGGACUCAAGAGCUUCAACGUGAGAUCGCUGGGAUCUGUAGUUCAAGAGUCGAAGGAGGCCGCAGGGUGUUUGGAUGUAAAGGUAACGAGGCCGCGUACCGUAAACUUGAGGAUUUGUUAAAAACGCUCUUCACGCAGACGGAUGGGCGAGAGGUCGCUUUGCUUCGACGUCUCCAGCAGGAAGUGGACGUAGAGAAACGCUUGUUUCUGUGUCACCUGCUUGAAGCCCACAACUCUCGAGAGGAUAAAGAAGGCCAAACAAGGUCUGUUUUAAAACCGACACCCAGGCCAAGGUCAAAGAGCUGCGUGCACCUGCUGACCGGCGUCGGCCCACAAGACAUCACAGAACUUUCAAGGAAAGAAAAGCUUGCUCUGUUUCGCUCUCACUCCCUUUCACCUCAAACCGUUUCUCAGCCUAUGAAAAAACAGCAGCAGGACUCUAAAACGCCUCCUCUCAACUUCUCUGUAAAAGAAGAGGAAUCAUGUAAAACAAAUCUUUCAGGAGAUUUACCUCAGCCGUGCUCAUCUGAUGAGGAAAGAGGCCUUCAGCAUUCCAACCUGUUGAGCAGCCCGCCGUCCAGAUGUUCAGAGGAAAAUAUGGAUGAUAUGAGCAGCAGGGAUUCUGGGUUCCUGGUGCGACAGAACUCCGAGCUGUUACGAGCUCUGGAGGAGAUGGAGAAGACCUGCUCAAACCUCAGAGAAGAAAACAAAGUCCUGAGGAAGAGUAGUUCUCCAGAGACUGAGGAGAAAGUGAAGCGAUUGAGGAAGAAGAACACAGAACUGGCCAUCAUUGCCAAGCGUCUGGAGGAGAGAGCGUACAAACUACAGGAGGCAAACCUGAAAGUGGUUAAUUCCCCCAUGCCCAUCAAAGCGGGUGCAGUAGAGCAGUACAAGCGUGCAUUUGCCCGUCAGCGAGCGAGAGACCUGGCACAACACGCAGACGCACUGCUGUGUAAAGACAAACAGAUCGCAACACUGCAGCACGAAUGCAGACAACUGGAAGCACAACUGCAGCCGGGGAAGGGUCCAGUGGUAGUGAGUGAUUUUGAGCGUCUCCUGAAGGAAUCACAGAAGGAGGUGUUACGUCUACAGAGACAGCUGUCUGUCGCCUCUGUUACCAGAGAUCAAAGCAGUACGACAGGUGAAACGCCUCCAGAGACACAGGACAAACAGGUCGAGGUUGCAUUUGAAACCCCAGUCACAGUUGUAGAUGAGGCCCCUGUUAAGGGGGAGGAGACUCCUGGUGAGGGGGAGGAGUCAGAACCACAAGUAAAACCUGAACAGGCCACAAGCCCCACCCACCAGGAGGAGCAGACCACAGAAGACCAUCUUCAGUCGCUGGAACGUGAGCUCAGCGGGAAGAGGAAAGAAUGUGAAGUUCUCGAGCAUGAAGUAAAGAAGAGGAGGAAACGAUGUCUCGAUUUGGAGAACCAGCUCGAGGUCGAGCGCAGCAGAAAUGAGCUGUUAGUGGAUGAGGCUGAAGUCCUCAGGAAGAAAGCUUAUCUGCUUGAGCAGACUCGGGCUGAAAAUGAGGAGCUAAAGGAACGGCUCUGUGUGUUAAACGCUCAGCAUAGUUCUGUUCUGGAGGAGAACCAGCGACUGCGUGCAAAGCUGGAGAACCUAGAGCAGGUCCUGAAGCACAUGCGAGAGGUCGCCGAGCGCAGACAGCAGCUGGAACUGGAACACGAGCAGGCACUGGCUAUCCUCAAAUUCAAACAGGAUGAAAUUAAACGACUACAGCGGGCUCAGUUAUUUGCCAAGCGUGAACAUGAAGGUGUCGUGCAGAUGUUGGAGGAUCUGGUGCAGCUUGUAUUGCACAGAGAGCUGGCAAAAGUUCGGGAUCUGGAGGACAAAUGCCGCAUUCAGACCCAACAGUUUGGACUUCUCUCACAGGAGCUGGAUAAAUUCCGGGUUCAGGCAUCAAAGAUCGACCUGUCAGGAUCCGGCCUGCUGUCUGACUCCAGGCUGACCCAGCUGACCAAUGGUCUGGACUUUCCUGACACUAAAGCCUCAUGGGAAGACAUCACAUUCUGGAGUUUUGAGGGUAAUGAAGCCCUCUGUGAUGCCACUGAGCCUGAUGUGGCUGCAGUCCUGUGUUCGGGUUCGACUCCACACGCAGCAGAGCUGUCACGCCCCGAGCGCUCGCCGACCAUCAAGCACAGAGAGCUCCCGACUGUCAGCGUAAAAUCUGGCUCCACGUCCAGCCCGACACCACCCAAAUCAGACACCCACCUCUCGCCCAAAUCUGCCAGCUCUCGCCCCGCCAGUCCCCGAAAGGCCAGCCCUACACAUGAGGUGGACACUGCCAGUGAGGUUGAAGAUUUGGAUAUUGAUGUUUCUCCAGCACUAUAUUCAGUCAGUAAAGGAGCAGCUAAACUCCAGGUCUUCAUCGCACGUUACAGUUACAAUCCAUACGAGGGUCCUAAUGAUAACCCUGAGGUCGAGCUGCCUCUCACAGCGGGUGAAUACAUCUAUGUGUAUGGAGACAUGGACGAUGACGGCUUUUAUGAGGGGGAACUAAUGGAUGGGCGGAGAGGUCUCCUUCCCUCCAACUUUGUGGAGCGGGUAUCAGACGACGACUUCAUGAGCAGCCACCCUCACCAGACAGGCGAUCCCAUAUCCCAUAAUUCCUUUCAGGAGAGCAGCUUUCACAGUGGCAGCGAGAGACUACACCAACAUCACUUACGGUUUGCUCACAGCGUUUCAGAGAGAACGGAGACCUCCACGACGGCCUCGGCCGCUGGUGACAAUGCCAAAGCGAAGCCCUCUGCCUCUUCCCCAGUCGCCUACCUCACCAACGGUUUGGAUUUGGACUUAGAGGAAGUCGGGGUGGAUACCGUGCCUUACCCCCGCAGACUGACACUGAUCAAGCAGCUGGUCAAGAGCAUCAUCGUCGGUUGGGAGGUUCCGGUGAUACCGCCCGGCUGGGGUUCUGUCUACAGCUAUAACGUCUAUGUGGACCAGGAGUUGCGGAUCAACGUGCCGUUUGGUACCCAAAUGAAGGCCGUUCUGGAAAGGUUAGACUUGGCGCAGAAAUCAUAUCGGAUUUCUGUACAGAGCUUAACGGAGCGUGGAAACUCGGACCGGCUGCGCUGCAGUAUGCUCGUCGGACGGGACGUGUGCGUUGCUCCGACGCAUUUGCGCGUCGAGCGCGUUACCGCUACCUCGGCCAACCUGACCUGGCUGCCUAGCAACAGUAACUAUGUGCACAUUGUGUCUUUGAACGGUGAAGAGUGUGAGUUGGUCAAAGCGGGAUGUUAUUCAUUGUGCCUCAGUAAUCUCACGCCCAAUCUGCAUUACCGUGUUAAGGUGGAGGCCAGGCCUCAUCGCACUGCCUGGGAACUGCCACCAGAAUGCAGAGAUCGCAAAACCGCAGAGACGUCCUUCACAACCCUGACUGAAGGUCCUCCUGAUGCUCCUCUGGAUGUUCAACUGGAACACGGUCCAUCUCCAGGAAUCGCUCAGAUCAGCUGGCUGCCCGUUACCAUCGACGCUGCCGGGACAUCCAAUGGUGUCAGAGUCACUGGCUACAGUAUCUACGCAGACAAGAAGAAGGUAUUAGAGGUGUCAUCACCCACAGCAGGCAGUGCUCUGAUUGGUCCAUCACAGAUUCAGACGUUACAGGCAGCCCAUGAGCUAACCGUACGAACCAUGUCGGCGUUCGGCGAGUCUGUGGAUUCGUUGCCGGUGAACGUUCCUGCCAAACUGCCUGCUAUUAUGUCUGGUAGCUCACUGCCUCAGUGCCAGUCUGUGCCAGCAGACUCCCUUCUCCUUAACACCAGUGCCAACCCAGAGACUGCUGUCUGUGCCACGUCUUUCUCUGCUGCCAAAAUUCCUGCGAUGCCGGAAGACUGCCCCACCGGUCCCGUCAGAGGAGUCUACAUCAACACAUCCACAGCGGCCACUCGUGAGGCGACUAUGCCAACUGCCACAUGUGUAGAAGCCUGGGCAAACCCAGCGUCGGUUGCCAUGACAGCACAGGAUCCCCCAUCACUAUCUGCCUCUCAUAAUAACUCAGUGGUGAAGGUGCCUGUGACCCUUACAACACCUCCUGCCCUGCCUGUGUCUAUGGCUGUAUCACCACCAUGCACUCCUAUGGCUGUUCCACCACCUGUACCCGUGCCCUUCGCUCCAGUGCAGGGCAGUAGUGCGCUGAACCCCAUCAGAGAGAAAGACACCCCAGGUGCCCAGCGUCCUGUCGCUUCCCUUUCUGACUUCUUGGAGGAACCUUGUGCCAAACUUCACACCCCACUAUCCAGUUCCACCCCCUCCAAUGUCGACAUCCCCACUAAAAACCCUCUCAACGUCUUGGAUACACAUCCUCUGAGACCUCCCAAUCAAUCACCAUUCGAGUCAGAGACUGAGGAGGAGGGUGAGAACAGCAGACUGGUGUCCAUUGAGGAGUUCCUGCGGCCUGUACCUCAACCUCGAAUAAAGGUGUAUGCUGGAGGUCUCAUGGAUCCUCCACCGGACUAUCAUGGAGAGAGCAGUCGAUCUGAUCUUUCUGACAUACUGGAGGAAGAGGAAGAAGAUUUGUAUUCUGAAUCCCUCACAGAUGUCCAAAACAGAGGUCCUACAGGCAGAUCUGAAGUCUUGGAAACAGACAGUGAUGAAGAAAUCUUGGAGAAGAUUAUAAAGCUCCCUCCUCAGCCUUUCCACAACAAGCAGCUUUUCAGCAUCCCAGAGGUCACAGAAGAGGAAGACAAUACAGAGUCAGAACCUCACAUUAGAUCGUCCACGGGCCGGAUCGCGUCGGGCCAGGGGCGUCAUCAUUCCCCAGAUCACACCAAUAAAGGACGCAAAUCUGAUUGUAAGGGGUCGGUGCGCGUCAGACCCAAGGUUCACUAUGCGGAUACAGUUGACAGGGAAGAAGUGGAGCUGGAUGCUGAUGGUAGUUCCUAUUCUGGAGCCCUGUGUGUGCCCCGCCCACCGCACAAAGGACACGGAGACAGACUGAAGAGAGAAGCUUUGCUCCGUAGCCGGACGACCUCAGAGUUUGCCGGUGUUGGUUCGCAUUCAGAUACAGGACGGGGACAAUAUUUACUCAGCAAGACCGUACGACGAGUGAAGUCGCCCACCGGGCCCUCGACGGAGAUCGAUGUGGAGUACGGGACUGAUAAUGAUGAACCUCAGAUGUCUGACUCUGGUGAAGUUGUGUUAGAGCAAAUGAGUUCAGAGUGGUGGGUGGAGGGCAGUAAUAGUGAAUAUCAGCAACUGCUCCGGGCACAACUCGCACCAAGUGACCGCUCAUGGGAGACUGAAGGUAGAGAAGCAUCACUGGCAGGUGCAGCGUGGUGCAGCACAAAUGACAUCACUACUAAAUCCACACGACCUGAAAUUAGACAAUCCAGAGACUCUAGAGCAGCUGGAGAAGAUGAGGUGAGGAUUUUUGUUGCUUUAUUUCCAUACGACCCUGCCGUCAUGUCACCCAAUCCUGACGCCGCUGAAGAAGAACUUCCCUUUAAAGAAGGACAGAUUAUCAAGGUUUACGGGGACAAAGAUGCAGAUGGUUUCUUCCGAGGUGAGGCGGGCGGUCGUCACGGUUACGUGCCGUGCAAUAUGGUUUCAGAGAUCCAGGUUGAGGAUGAGGAGACCAGAGAUCAGCUUCUGCUACAGGGUUUCCUCUCUACAGAGACGUCCAUGGAGAAGAUAGAUGCCCACUUACAUGCUCAGACUCCACGCCGCCUCGCCCCACCACCGAAACCUAGACGCUCCAAGAAAGUGGAGUCAGCAGCAGUUUGGGAGAACACAUCUAUGAUUGACUCGUCCAGUCAAGAUCUCAGUCACUCAGCCGGACCGAUGGGAAGCUCGCGUCCUCGUCGGAUGGUGGCCAUCUUUGAUUAUGAUCCGAGAGAGAGCUCACCUAAUGCCGACAUAGAGGCUGAGCUGACCUUCAGCGUGGGUGACAUCAUCUAUGUGUUCGGUGAUAUGGAUGAUGAUGGCUUUUAUUACGGCGAUCUCAACGGACACAAAGGUUUGGUGCCGUCAAACUUUCUCCAGGUCUUUCCAGAGACGGAGAAUGAAGCCGUGAGAUCUGAACACACGUCAGCAGAGAGCCGCAGAGAUUCACAGGUCAGUCAGACUGAGUCAUCAGAAGCACCUGAUCCUGUGAGCCCCUGUCAGUCUGAUCCCGCUCCAUCAGAGCCGAAUCCUCAUCCGGACUCUGAACCAAACCCAAACUCAUCUCCGCCCGUAACCCCCGCGUCCCCUGAAAACGCACAGCCUGAGAAGAAAAAGAAAAGUUUCUUCUCGAAGGGAAAGAAGCUCUUCAGAAAGCUCGGCUCCAGCAAGAAGGAAUAACGGUGACGGGAAGGAUUUGCAGAUUGCACAUUUUCUAGGUUAAGGCAGUUUGUGUGCAUGCGUGUGUGUGUGUUUCUCAGGCCCUGUGUUGAGAGGUUUUCACUAAGGUCCUCUAGAAUACUGUAUAGUCAUGGUGUCUAGCAGAAAGUGGUUUCCUUCAAAAGGUUUUCUCUCGGGUCCUGUAAAAUUUAGCUUUGAUUUGAUUGUUUGCUUGAAUCAGAUUCUUUGAUACUGAAUCUCAGACUGAUUCUUUUGGAAAUGAUUCCUCUGUGUAUGAACAGGGAUUUGAAUCAGUUAAAGCUGUGACUAAGAGUUUGUGUCUGCUGAAACUUCACAUUGACAAAGUCUGGAUUUGGAAUAUGGACUGUGGACAUUGUGGUGAUGCUAACUUUAAUAAUGGCAUGUAAACGCCAUGUUCUUCAGUUAGUAUUCACAAUGAAAAGUGAAGCACACUUAUGAGGAGACUCACGUGCAAAAUUAAUGAUAUUAAUGCAGUGAGAGUAAUAGUUAAUAGUUUUUGCACUACUAAGUUGGUCCACAACUGCAAAAGUUUUGCCUGUUGAAUAUUAACAGGUUUAGCUGGUUAACUCUACAGGAUGUGGUGUUGUGACUGCAAAAGCUAACCUGCAGUUUUUACCCAAACUUAUUGAGGUCAAUACGAGCUGAGAGUAGAGAUCUUUCAUACUGAUUCAAUUUCUCGUUACCUGUUUAUUUUACUGGAGAAAAUCUGAAUGCUUUUGACUUCUGAUAUGCUUAUGUGGCACUUAAAGCUGUAUUUUGUGCAAUUCCAGGCAUUUUAACUGUGAAAGCAAAUUAUUAAUGCUAACAUUACCUGAUAGUUUUCAAAGAUUGCGCUCAAUGAAAUAUUGUAUUUAUGAGCAGAUAAAACUUUUCGGUAACACGUUACAAUAAGAUUGUAUUUGUUAAUGUUAGUAAAUCCUUUAGCUAACAUGACCUUCACAUUUGUUCAUGUUAGUUCAUUGUGCAUGCAACAGGGACAACUUUAGAUUUUAAAAAUAUAUGAGUAAAUACUAAAAUUAACAUGAGGUAAGAUUAAUAAAGCUGUAGUUUAUGUUAGCUAAUGCAUUAACUCACGUUAACCAAUGCAACCUUAUUGAAAAGUGUUACCAACUCUUUGGCAGUGUUUGAUUCAGAUUUAUUUCCCCGUCUUCAUGAUGAUUCAAAGUGGAAGUCGUCUGAAGCUGUUAAUGAAUGAACGUCAUGUCAUUUGUAUGCAGAAACUUAAUCUGUCUCUGUAAAAGUGUGUGCGUGUGUCAGAUGAAGGUUCAGAUGUGACUGAAGUCUUUAUGGUUUAUUUUAUCUCCAGAUUUGCCUUUUCUCAAACACUGAUGUGAAAUUCAGUGAUUUACAUUAUAAAUCAGUCACGUGCAUCUGAAGGUUACAUGCACAUUUGUACGAGAGCCACAUUUGCUACUUUGUUUCUGCAUGAACUCUCAACUUGUAUUCGUUCAUUUUUGUACUCGUUUCUCCGUUUUAGGAGCUCUGUAAAGAUGUAGCAUGUAAAAAUAUCUCAUUGCAAUAUGAUUUGCAGUAAACAUUUGUUAAAUUGCUGUUAAUGUUUGUUUGAAGCAUACAGUAUGAUUAUUUGUGUGGUUUUACACAGGGCUCACGUUAAAUCAUAUCUCAGGUUUUAACUGGCUGUGAAUCAGUUUUGCGUCUUAAGCAGAUCCUCGCUGAUGUCCAAACCGCAAGAUCGAGCGUUUGCCAAACCUUUGGGUCUAGAGACCAAUCACUAAAUGCCAGCCGCAUAGUGGGCGGGGCUUGAGAUCAAACAUCACAGGACGGAAGUAGAUUAAGCUUGCAGCUAUUCUCAAUAAUCGUACUUAGUAGGCACAAUGAAUUCACGUUGCUUAUUUAAUAUCCAAAUAAAAAUGUUAGUGAACAGCAUCUGUGUGUAGUCAUACAAUUAACUUAGCUAAAAUAUAAUCUGAACGCAACAGAAAUGUUAAGUACGCACAGGCCGAUUUAUAGAAAUAUAUAUUGUCAUUGCUACUUAUAAUAGAAACUCAGCAAGUAGAUGCAUACUGUAAAUGCCAGGCCAUAAUAAAAACUGAGCCUUAAUGUACAGUAACUAAUACUGUACUUAUAUUAAAUGCAUGCAUGAUGUUACUCCAUCUAUAUUCUGCCUUAUUUAUUCUAUUUAUGUGUAGUUGUAAUGGUCGCAUGUACAUGUAUUGUUUUUAUUCUUAUAUUGCAAGAAAUACACAAAGGCCACGUCUGCGAUACUGCAGGUUUGUGUGUGUGAGAUUGCCAGUGAUUUGUAUUUUUGUGAUUUUAAGGAUAUUUUCAUAAAUGGUGAGAAAGAGACUCUCUUCUAGUGUCGGUCGGUGAUCGUAGGCCGACCGAACUCUUUUGUACAUUUCAAGUUUUUUUGUAAGAAGUAACUCACCUGUGAUUAAUGCUUCUUUCGGUGAAGUAUUUAUUUAUUUCUUUGUUUGCAUGUUAAAUGAUUGUGAAUUCGCAACAUGAGCGAUUCACUUUCUUGGGACGAUUCACUUAAAGCGAAUGAGAAGACUUGUUGCAAUAUGGACUUUUUACAGAAAUAAAGUAUAUUUUCACAGAAAA